CCCCUCCCCAGCCGCCUUGUGCAAAGAUGGCUGCACCGUGAGCGCAGAGGAGGAGGAGGCGGCGGCGGCGGCGGCGGCGAGAGAGCGAGCACCCAGCGCCUGCACCCACCCCGGGGCCGCCCGGGACGCCCCCUCCCGAGCGCGUGCCCCCCCUUCUCUCUUGCAAGCGCCGGGGCAAAGGCGGAGACAGCGGGGUCCCUCCUCCCCCUCCUCUAGGGGGAACCCCCCCUUCCCCCUUCUUGGCUCAGCAGCUGCACACCCUCCUUUGCCCGCCCCUCGGUCCCUGCCCCCUCCCUCCCCCGCCCCGGACCUUCCCGGGCCUUUGGUGGCUGCAAAGAGAAAAAACAGAAAAGGGGGGAAAAAAGCAGCGGAGGGAGCGGCGGCGGAGGAGAGCGCGCGCGCGCCCCCUCCUUCCCCUCCCUCCCCCUCCCCCUCCCCCCAAUUUCCACCGCGGCCAAUUCAUGGACAGGAACUACCCCAGCGCCGGCUUCGGGGACCCGCUCGGCGCCGGGGCGGGAUGGAGUUACGAGAGGUCAGCGAAAGCUAGCUUGGUCUAUGGCAGCUCCAGGACCUCGCACCCCGAAACGGACAUCUUACAUCGACAGGCCUACGCGGCCCCCCACCCACUGCAAAGCUAUGCCACCAACCACCACCCGGCAGGCCUCUCAGGACUCUUUGACACUGGCCUUCACCACGCGGGCUCGGCAGGGCCCGACGCCUCCGUCAUGAACCUCAUCUCGGCCCUGGAGUCUCGGGGCCCCCAGCCUGGCCCUUCUGCCUCCUCUCUCUUGUCCCAGUUCCGCAGUCCUUCCUGGCAAACAGCCAUGCACACUCCAGGCCCCACGGAGCUCUUCAUCUCGGGCGCCCUCCCAGGUUCCAGCACCUUCCCGUCCUCCUCUGCCCUGUCAGCCUACCAGCACCCGGCUUCCUUCGGCAGCCGUCCUUUCCCAGUGCCCUCGUCCCUCAGCCUCCAGGACCCUCCAUUCAGCCCUCCCGCUAAUGGGCUCUUGUCCCCUCACGACGUGUUGCACCUGAAACCCUCGCAGGCACCCACGGUGCCCUCCUCCUUGGGCUUUGAGCGCCUGGCAGGGGGUGGUGUUCUGGGGCCUGCGGGCCUUGGCCCAGCCCAGACACCCCCUUACCGCCCCGGCCCCCCAGAUCCACCCCCACCUCCCCGACACCUCCCAACUCAGUUCAACCUGCUGGCUUCUUCUUCUGCCGCUGCUGCUGCUGCCGCUGCUGAACAGUCUUCCCCACAGCUCUACAACUUCUCCGGUGCUGCCCCAGGCCCGCCACCCCCGGAGCGGGCCCUACCCCGCCAGGACACUGUCAUCAAACACUACCAGCGGCCGGCCAGUGCCCAGCCUCCCCCGCCCCCUCCCCCAGCCCACGCCCUCCAGCACUACCUGAGCUGUGGUGGCAGCUACCCCUCCAUGGGGCACCGGGCCAACCUGGCCUGCAGCCCCCUGGGUGGUGGCGAGCCCUCCCCAGGUGCUGGUGAGCCCAGCAAGGCUGGUCCCAGUGGAGCCACAACUGGAGCAUCAGGCCGAGCCACUGGCCCAGAGGUGGCUGGGGGAGGCGGGGCUGGGGCUGGAGCUGGAGGCUACCGCCCCAUCAUUCAGUCUCCUGGUUACAAGACAGGCAAAGGUGGUUAUGGAGCCACUGCAGGGGGUGCCACUAGGCCUCCACCACCCCGAUCGACUGCCACACCCAAAUGCCAGAGCCUGGGGGGCCCACCAGCGGCAUAUGCCACGGGGAAGGCCUCUGGGGCAGCGGGUGCUGGGGGCCAGGCUUAUUCCCCUGGUCAGCCCCAAGGGCUCCUGGGACCCCAGGCUUACGGGCAAGGCUUCGGAGGAGGUCAGGCACAGGACUUAAGCAAAGGCCCCAGCUACUCAGGGGGUCCCCCCCAGCCUCCCAGCGGCCCACCACCUCCAGGCCUAGCCACAUGUCAGAGCUACUCCCCUGAUCAACUGCAGGGACAGCUGUAUGGGGUGCAGGGCGAGCCCUACCCUGGGCCAGCUGCCCAUUCCCAGGGGCUACCUACAGCCAGUCCCUCACUCAGCUACAGCACUGGCCAUUCCCCGGCACUCUCAGGCCAUGGAGGUGGCUGGGGACCUGGCUCCCUGGGAGGUGGCGGGGAGGCCAGUCCCUCCCACAUCAUUCGCCCACUUCAGUCACCACCUGCCACAGGCCGCCCGCCUGGAGUGGGCUCUCCAGGAACCCCUGGCAAAUACCUGAGUUCAGUCUUAGCCUCAGCCCCUUUCCUGGCACCCCCUGGAGCUGGCAGCUACGCAGCCGGAGCAGGUGGCUACAAGGGCAAAGGCGAGGGCUCAGAGCUGCUGGCUGGCCCUGGGGGUCCCCCAGCCCAGCGCACAGAGGACGAGGAGUUCCUUAUUCAGCACCUCCUGCAGGCGCCUAGCCCUCCAAGGACCUCAGGGGCAGAGGGCUUGGUGGGUGAGGAGGGGGCAACAGAUGCCUCUAAGGGACUUGGGGGUAGUGGUGGGGCUGGGGGGCCACCAGGCACACCUUAUGAGUUGGCCAAGGAAGACCCCCAGAGGUACCACCUGCAGAGUGUAAUACGUACCAGUGCCAGCCUGGAUGAGGGUGCCACUGCAGCCCUGGAGCUGGGCCUAGGGAGGCUCAAAGAGAAGAAGAAAGGGCCAGAGCGGGGUGGUGAAACCCCGGAGGGACUGGCCACCUCUGUUGUCCACUAUGGGGCAGGCGCCAAGGAGUUGGGGGCCUUCUUGCAGAAGAGUCCACCACCUCCGCCUCCCACCGCCCAGCCUGCCCAGCCCAAUCCCCAUGGGCUUCUCUUGGAGGCUGGAGGCCCUGACCUCCCCAUGGUGCUGCCUCCACCUCCCCCCCAGCUACUGCCCUCAGUCCUCAGCCAUGCCCCCAGCCCAUCUCCCGGAACCCCCAAAGUCGGUGUCCAUCUCCUUGAACCAGCUACCCGUGAUGGGGCACCCCAGCCACCCCCACCCCCACCUCCGCCACCCAUGCCUCUCCAGCUUGAGGCCCACCUCCGUGGCCAUAGCCUGGAACCUGCGGCACCCAGCCCCCGCCUGCGCCCUGAGGACAGCUUGGAGCCUCCAGGGGCCAUGCAGGAAUUGCUUGGGGCACUGGAGCCAUUGCCCCCUGGACCUAGUGACACCAGCGUGGGUCCACCUAACUCAGAGGGCAAAGAUCCUGCUGGUGCCUAUCGAAGUCCCAGCCCACAGGGCACCAAGGCCCCUCGCUUUGUGCCACUGACCUCCAUCUGCUUCCCUGACUCCUUGCUCCAGGAUGAGGAGCGAAGCUUUUUCCCUACCAUGGAGGACAUGUUUGGCGGAGGAGCAGCAGAUGACUAUGGCAAGACGGGGCCCCCUGAGGAUGAGGAGGAUCCCAAGACAGUUGGGGCACCUCCAGGACCCCCUGCCUAUGACCCCUAUGGGCCCUACUGCCCUGGUCGGGCAUCUGGAGCUGGACCUGAGACCUCGGGCCUGGGCCUGGACCCCAACAAGCCCCCCGAGCUGCCCUCCACGGUCAAUGCUGAGCCCCUGGGCCUGAUCCAGAGCGGGCCACACCAGGCAGCACCACCACCACCGCCCCCUCCACCCCCUCCCCCGCCCACCUCAGAGCCCAAGGGGGGCCUCACCUCACCCAUCUUCUGCUCAACCAAGCCAAAGAAGCUGCUCAAGACGUCCUCCUUCCACCUGCUGCGGCGUCGAGACCCACCCUUCCAGACUCCCAAGAAGCUGUAUGCCCAGGAGUAUGAAUUUGAAGCCGACGAGGACAAGGCCGACGUCCCUGCUGACAUCCGCCUCAACCCACGGCGCCUGCCCGACCUGGUGUCCAGCUGCCGUUCCCGGCCAGCCCUCUCACCAUUGGGUGACAUUGACUUCUGCCCACCCAACCCAGGCCCUGAUGGUCCCCGGCGCCGAGGUCGUAAGCCCACGAAGGCCAAGCGUGAUGGCCCUCCCCGGCCACGGGGCAGGCCUCGGAUCCGCCCGCUGGAGAUGCCCACCACCGCAGGGCCUGCCUCCGCCUCUACUGCCGAUGGACCCAAGAAGCCCCGGGGCAGGGGCAGGGGCAGGGGCAGGAAGGCAGAGGAGGCAGGAGGUACUCGGUUGGAGCCCCUGAAGCCACUGAAGAUCAAGCUAUCGGUGCCCAAGGUGGCUGAGGGUCUCGCAGCCUCGUCAGGUGAUGCCAUAUCUGGCCCAGACCACAACAGCCUGGAUUCGAACCUGACUCGGGAGAAGAUUGAGGCCAAGAUCAAGGAGGUGGAGGAGAAGCAGCCGGAGAUGAAGUCGGGCUUCAUGGCCUCCUUCCUGGACUUCCUCAAGUCGGGCAAGCGCCACCCGCCCCUGUACCAGGCAGGCCUCACACCACCGCUCAGCCCGCCCAAGAGUGUGCCACCCUCUGUGCCGGCCCGAGGCCUGCAGCCCCAGCCUCCUGCAGCCCCCACAGUACCACAUCCACCGCCUGCAGCAGCCUUCGGGCUGGGGGGCGCCCUGGAGGCCGCUGAGAGCGAAGGGCUGGGGCUGGGCUGCCCUUCACCCUGCAAGCGGCUGGACGAGGAGCUAAAGCGGAACCUUGAGACGCUACCCUCCUUCUCUUCGGAUGAGGAAGACUCUGUGGCCAAAAACCGGGACCUGCAGGAGAGCAUCUCGUCAGCCAUCUCUGCCCUGGAUGACCCACCCCUUACUGGGCCUAAGGACACUGCCACUCCCGAGGGGCCGCCCUUGGCUACUGCAGCAACAGUUACGGGGCCACCCCCUCUCCCAGGGCUCCCUAGUGCCAACAGCAGUGGCACGCCUGAGCCCCCGAUGCUGGAGGAGAAGCCCCCGCCCUCCCCACCUCCCGCCCCGACGCCUCAGCCUCAGCCUCUGCCACCCCCUCCACCACCGCCAGCCCUGCCCUCACCGCCCCCACUAGUGGCCCCCGUGGCCAGCUCCCCACCCCCGCCACAGCCACCAUCUCCACCGCCACCUCUACCUCCACCUCCACCUCCACCGGCCCUGCCCUCUCCACCCCCACCUGCUGCUGCCCCUGCCCCACCAGCCGCCCCACCCGAGGAGCCGGCAGCCCCCUCCCCCGAGGACCCUGAGCCACCCGAUGCCCGGCCCUUGCACUUGGCCAAGAAGCAAGAGACAGCGGCCGUAUGCGGGGAGACAGAUGAGGAGGCUGGGGAGAGUGGCGGUGAGGGCAUCUUCCGUGAGCGGGACGAGUUCGUCAUCCGUGCUGAGGACAUCCCAUCCCUCAAGCUGGCACUACAGACGGGGCGUGAACCCCCACCCAUAUGGCGCGUGCAGAAGGCCCUUCUGCAGAAGUUCACUCCUGAGAUCAAGGACGGCCAGCGACAGUUUUGUGCCACCAGUAAUUAUUUGGGGUAUUUUGGGGAUGCAAAAAAUCGCUAUCAGCGUCUGUAUGUCAAGUUCCUGGAAAAUGUCAACAAGAAGGAUUACGUGAGGGUCUGCGCUCGGAAACCCUGGCACCGGCCGCCAAUGCCAGUGAGGCGCUCCGGGCAGGCCAAGGGCCCCACACCUGCACCUCCCCCCAAGACCCCAGCGCCACCACCCAAGCCUGAGCUGCCCGAGAAGGUACCGCCUGAGAAGCCCCCAGAGCAGACACCUGAGACGGCUGUCCCUGAGUCACCGGCCCCUGAGAAGCCAUCGCCACCACGGCCUGUGGAGAAGGAGAAGGAGAAGGAGAAGGAGAAGGAGAGGGUGACGCGAGGGGAGCGAACAGCACGGGGCGAGCGGGGCACAGGCGGGCGGCAGCCCCGGCUGGAGCGCAGCCUUACCACAGCACAGCCCCCCACGGCCCGGCCGCCCAAGGCUCGGCCCCACAAGGUGAAGGCCGAGCCACCCCCUAAGAAGAGAAAGAAGUGGCUGAAAGAGGCGGUGGGCAAUGCCUCAUCAGGUGGGGGUCCAGCAGGCAGCUCCUCGGACUCGGAUUCCUCACCCGGAGCUCCCAGUGAGGAUGGUGAGGCCACAGUGACAGCGACAUCAGGGGCCUGCAGUUGUGGCAUGGGUGGCCUAAGGGAAAGAAGGAAUCACAAAUCUGUGCCCCAUCUUCCCCCAGAGCGGGCAGUGCCGGGGCGUCUGCUGAAGACCCGGGCCAUGCGGGAGAUGUACCGGAGCUACGUGGAGAUGCUUGUGAGCACGGCCCUUGACCCGGACAUGAUCCAGGCCCUGGAGGACACGCAUGAUGAGCUGUACCUCCCUCCUAUGCGGAAAAUUGAUGGUCUCCUCAAUGAGCACAAGAAAAAAGUCCUGAAGCGGCUAUCACUGAGCCCGGCCCUGCAGGACGCGCUGCACACAUUCCCACAGCUGCAGGUGGAGCAGAGUGCGGAGGGCUCCCCCGAGGAGGGCGCUGUGCGGCUGCGGCCAGCUGGGGAGCCCUACAACCGCAAGACCCUGAGCAAGCUCAAGAGGAGCGUCGUGCGAGCCCAGGAGUUCAAGGUAGAGCUGGAGAAGUCGGGAUACUACACACUCUACCAUUCCCUCCACCACUACAAAUAUCACACCUUCCUGCGCUGCCGGGACCAGACCCUGGCCAUCGAGGGUGGCGCUGAGGACCUGGGCCAGGAGGAGGUGGUCCAGCAGUGCAUGCGGAACCAGCCGUGGUUGGAGCAGCUCUUCGACUCAUUCAGUGACCUGCUAGCCCAGGCCCAGGCCCACAGCCGCUGCGGGUGACCCCACCGCAGGGCCACCUCCUCCGUGAUUGGAUUGGAUCGGAGAAUUGGGACAGAACUGUGUUCUCAGGAGCUCAGCGCUGGGCUCCUUGUCUUGGGGGAAAGGGGUGUAACCGGUCAGGGUGUGUCCAUGCUGCCCCCCACCCCCCAGGGCAGGCUUCAGAGUUCGACUCCCCUCUCUCUCAAGUCCUCUCUCCCCACCCUCUUCUUCCGCUGUUCGGUGUACAGAGAAAUUAUUUAUAUAUAUGUAUAAAUGUCUAUUUAGUAACGGUAUCCCUCAGCCCCUACCCAUCCCCCCUCCAUGGCCAUAGCGCCCCCCUGCCUUGUACAUAAUGUAUAGGAAAAGUCUAUGUAUGGUUGUGGGGGUGGAGUGGCUUCAGAGAGCUGGGGGACCCUCCUCCUUCCCUAAGCCCCCAGGCCAAGAUCUUUGCUAAAGGCCAUUCCUUCCCCAGGGCAUUCGGCAUCGGGUGGGAGGGGAAAACGCAUCUUAUUAAUUAUUUUUAAUCUUAUUUAUUGUACAUACCUGGGGCUGGGGGGGAGUUGGGAGGUCGAGGGGGGAAGGGUCCCCUCCCUCUGUCUGUCCCACUCCUUUUGUAGGGCAAUUUGUCUGCGUCCGGCCCCCUCCCUCGGCCCCCUCCCCUUCUCGUCUGGAUGUGGUUCUAUUUUUUAAUCAGUCCCCUUCCUCUUACCAGCCUCCCUCUGUCCUGCACCCCUCAUCCUUCCUGUAUCCCUCGUCUCCUGCUCUUUGUCUCUACAACUCACCUUGUAUACACUGUGUACACAGCCAGCCAAACGAAACCCAAUGGCAACACUUUA